AUGGAAAAUUUUUUCCUGCUAUUCGGCUUUCUGACUGCCGUACCCUUCACCUUCUCGUGUGUUGCCACCGAUCCAGGAUCAGCUGCUCCUCGGACCACCACUACCAGACCUCCCGUCACGACAACAGCAUUUGCGCAAACAACGACGACGACAAGAGCAGGAACCAAUCGAUUCAUCAUUCAGGUAGAGCGUAUCACUUUCUUCUAUUUCUGGGUACUGUACGAAAAAUUUUUUUCUAGAUUGGAGACCCCAGAUCCAGCCUCUGGUUGUCUACGAUUGACAGCAAUCUGUACUGCACAAGCGGGAUUCUUUGCUUUUAUGGAGUUCAACGUAAUUGAAGGUGGUCCAGCCGAGAAUCAGAAUAUGGGACAGGUACGCUAA